AUGCCGUCCCGGUCUGAACGUCAUCCGCCUAUCCCCCCGAUCUCAACUGCUGGCAACGUCGUCAUCCCUGAACUACACCCUUCUCAAAUCCCUGGACUGGAAGUCAGCCCACGCCGCAUAGUUCGGCCUCGCGAUGCUUCGAUCAUGCCCGCGUUAAACGGCAGUACGCCUAAGAAUUCGUACCACCGAGGACAUUCACGCUCGAUCAGCAAUCCGUUCGCUGGUUUUGGGCGAAAACGGGACAAGACAGCCCCCAAGCAUGCGGCCUGGGACUCUGACGAUGAUGAUGAUGAUGAUGAUGAGGUAACCUAUCCAUUGGAGCCCGAGUCGUCAAGUCCCCGGAAAGGUGCAGCAGCUGGAAAUGAUAUCGUCGAGGGCAAGUGCCAGACUUGUGAUGCUACUGUCCGGUGGCCUCGGCACUUGAAGGUGUUUAGAUGCACCGACUGCUUGAUGGUCACAGACCUCGAGCCGAUGCCUCAUGAGUCAAAAGACAACCCCCCACAAGCGUCUCAGGGUGGAGCGUCUAAGUUGGCAAGUAAAGUGUUUCCUUUGACGGCCAAUCAAACCCGUGGUAUGAUCGGAGGGUGUCUCAAUAUGUAUUUCGAUAGUCUUUUGGACAAUGGAUCUCGGUCAUGGUCGCCGUCGGACGAGGACAGAAAGAACAAACCACUACCUGAUCUUCCGCCAAUGCAGGCUCAUGUCUCUGGUCCAAACAAUCUCGCACCCCCUCGCACUCGGGAUUCUCGGGGCCGCAGUGCUUCCCAUUCCAGCGAACGGGAAAGGUUGGCGGCACCAAAGGAGAACUCAGGUUACUUGACGCCACACUCCGUUCGUUGGGAGGGAAAUGAUACGCCCGUCAGAAUUCGAGCAAAUUCAGAUAUUCGAUCAACCCCAAAGCCAGACUGCCACCCGCAAGAUACCUCACAAGCUGGGAACCCGGAGUUCCAAAGCUCAGACAAUCGGACACACAUUUUCAAACGGCUGGAAAAUACCAUCGCCACUGCCUUCAAAGGUUGUGAUUGCCUUAAUGAAUCUUUCACCACAUACCCGCCUCCUCGAUCAGCCCGAUCAGCAAGUAAUGGUAAUCCGCCGAGAAUGAGGAUGGAGCCGACCACAAUGCCCGAGCCAGCGCAUGACGCUCCUGUCUUUGAACCGGAUGCCAAAACUCUUCUUUUGGGAGAUUUGACCGAGAACUCCUCUUGGUGGAUGAAUGAGUGGGCUGAGGCUGAAGGCCAUAAUCCCGCGUAUUCAAAAGAGAAGACCGCCUCAAAGUCUCGGAUGAUAUCAUCGCGAAGUCCUCGGGUCAACUGGACUGAGUUAGCCCAGUGGUAUCAUUCAAUUCUGUCAGCGGGGAAUUCUUGGACUGAGCUCUGGGCCGCCAAAAGACCUGACCCCACACGGUCUGAAGCUGAUUCGAUACGAGCCAAGAUAUGGGCGUCUAUUGAUCCAUCCUUGAUUGGGAGACAAAUCAGCGAGUCUCGUUUGCACUUACAACGGGCACUGUUGAAAGCUACCGAGGCCGCCCUCAAGCGCCCGCGCCGUGUUCUGAAGAAACCAGAAGAUACCAGGUUCUUGUUCAUUUUGUUGGCGAAUCCUCUAUUGUAUUCACCUGCGGCUUAUUGCCAUCAUGCGCCCGCCUUGCCGCCUCAUGGAGACGAUAGGCGCCCCUCGCAUCCGAAAGACUAUCCGAAGUCGGCAACCCGAGACGGAAAAGCCUUGCAGAAAGAGUCGACCAAGGCACCCGCUCGUCAAGAGGGCUCCAGACAUCACUAUGGGAUUAUCAAACGAAUCCUGGGACUCAUGUCUAACUUGCCUAAUGACUGCCACCACUACAUCGUGUCUUGGGCUUCCCGUUUCUCUGUCAGACAUUUUGAACGACUGGUAGAACUUGUCUGUGGAUUUCUCACUUACCGUUUGAGUCGUCAGCAUGGGCGAAAACGCCCUCAAAACCUUCAAAGCCCUCAAAAUGGAGACGAUCUAAUACCGAGCUUCGCCAGUGCUUCGGGAAAUACUGCUGCGGAACUUCACGCUGCGAUUAAUCGAAGUACCACGAACAAGAAGCCUGGCAAAAAAACCGAAGACCCCAUAAUAUAUGCCGAGGACUGGCAGGUCAGAGCAGCGGCAAGAGUAAUGUCGCUGUUCUUUACGGCUAACAUCUCCUCUUCAGCGAGGAAGUCUGAUGGAACCCCGCGCAGUCUUGAAAUGCCCAAGAACCCCGGACCCCGUCAGGGACAUAUGAUUCCGAUCAGCACGUUUUACAACACACUGCUGGACUAUUCGGAUCUAGUGACGGACUUCGAGACCUGGGAAGCUAAAGUCGCGAAGUUUUCGUUCUGUCAGUAUCCCUUCCUCCUCAGCAUCUGGGCCAAAAUUCACAUCAUGGAGCAUGAUGCGCGUCGUCAAAUGGAAGUGAAAGCACGCGAUGCAUUUUUCAACAGUGUCCUCAACCACACGGCGGUUAGUCAGUACCUCGUGUUGAAGGUACGGCGCGAGUGUUUGAUUGAAGACAGCCUUAAGGGGGUAAGUGAAGUUGUUGGUACUGGCCAAGAAGAAAUCAAAAAGGGUCUCCGGAUCGAAUUUUCGGGCGAAGAAGGCAUUGACGCUGGUGGCCUGCGGAAGGAAUGGUUCCUUCUGCUCGUCCGAGAAGUCUUUGACCCACUUCAUGGCCUCUUCAUCUACGAUGAUGAUUCAAAGUACUGCUACUUCAAUCCUUAUUGCUUUGAGUCAUCUGAACAAUUUUUCUUGGUUGGAGUUCUUCUAGGUCUCGCCAUUUACAACUCCACUAUCCUUGAUAUUGAUCUCCCGCCGUUUGCGUUCAAGAAACUGCUGUCAUCAGCGCCGCACACCAGCGGUCCACAAACGGCUACAUCGAUGCGUUCGACCUUUAAAUGCACUCUAGAAGAUCUUGCCGAGUACCGGCCAACUCUCGCCAAAGGACUCCGGGGUCUACUAGAAUUUGAAGGCAAUGUUGCCGAGACAUUCUGCUAUGAUUUCGUUGCCCAGGUCGAUUGCUACGGCGAGAUCAUCAGUGUGCCACUUUGUGCAAAUGGCGAGAACCGGCCAGUGACCAACUCUAACAAGCGUGAGUUUGUGGAUUUGUAUGUUCAAUAUCUGCUGGACGCAGCCGUGGCUCGACAGUUUGAACCUUUCAAACGCGGGUUCUUCACGGUUUGCGGUGGCAAUGCGCUAUCACUGUUCCGACCAGAAGAGAUCGAAAUGCUAGUCCGCGGCUCAGAUGAACCACUCGAUGUUAAUUCACUCCGGGCUGUGGCCACCUACGACAACUGGUCACACCCACGACCAGAGUCGCUCCCCGUGGUGCGAUGGUUCUGGGACUUCUUUGAGAAAUCGCAGCCUCAAGAUCAGCGCAAGAUCCUGUCAUUCAUUACUGGCAGCGAUCGAAUCCCUGCCAUGGGGGCUACAAGCCUUAUUAUCCGACUUGCUUGUCUUGGGGAUGACUGUCCCCGUUACCCGAUUGCGCGUACAUGUUUCAACACGCUGGGCCUUUACCGCUAUCCUACGCGGGAGAAGUUCCAGCGGCUGCUCUGGGAUGCAGUUGUAAAUAGCGAAGGAUUUGGCUUGAAAUGA